GUCUUGUUUACAGUGGUGGGUGUGGGAAUUUUUAUUCAAUUGACGAUAUUCUUAAAUUGACAAAAAAUUUUUAAAUAGCGCAUGACAAAACAUUCUGAAAUUACCAAUGGAGAAUCUGAAUAAAUUACAAUCAGAAUGGAAAAGACCAGACGAAGUAAUGCAGUUACAUCGUUUAAAAGUAAAAAAACGUGCAUUACAAGCACGUAUAAGGAACACAUACGUUAAUAGAAAAGCAUUACCAUUAGAUCCUACACAAAAAUCUGAUAAAUAUAAUAUUGAUUCCAAUGAGUGUAUAGGACAGAAGAGAAAAAAUCCUUUUAUUAAAGAUGAUGCAGCUAAAAAAUCAAAUAUAUCACCAGAUUUAGAAACUAGUAAUGAUAAUACAUUAUUUGAACUAUUAAAAAUUAAAGCUCCACAAGUAAAUGAAACAGAGAAUUCAAUGCAUGAUUGUUCUUUAACAUUUAGCAAUGCAUUUUCAAAAUUGGAAACAAGUAAGAACAUUCAGGAUUCAGAAGCAUCAAAAGGUGAAAAAUAUAUUCCAUUAGAUUGGACUUUAAAGACUAAAAUGAGAUUUAUGUCUCCUAAACCAUUUCCUUGGAAUUGCAAAUUAAAAACUAGUGAAGAAGCAUCAGGUACUACUGGUUUUGUAAGAUGUUUGGAUAUUAGUGAACAAGAUUCAACUUUAGAUACUAGUCCAAAUGCAAGAUUCCAUAGAUGUUGCUUAAUAUGGCAGCACCCAUCAUUACCAUGGCUAGAAUUAUUUCCUCGCUCUGCUGGCAAAGUGAGUGCAAAUUUAACAAGUAAUUCAAUGAUAAUAAAUAACAUGUUUAUUAAGGAAGCUUUGUUCAAAGAAUGGAGUGAAAGCUUUAGGUCACUUUUUCAUUUAUUAAGAGCACAACAGUGUCCAUAUUUUUAUGUUUGUGCAAACAAUUUCACUGCCUUAUUUCGUGCUGCUGGAAUUUGUGGAAUUUCUGAAGCUCAUGCACUUUUGACACCAACAACACGUGGUUUUCGGCAGUUUUUAAAACAAGAAGAAAUUGAUUACACAAUGCCUUUGAGAAAAUAUUCUAAAAGGCGAUCAGAUAUAACUGAUUCAGAAUGUGAUACUGUGGAUUCAACUAUAUCAAAUACUACAUUAUUGAGUUGUAUGGAGAAUCAAAAUCUUGACGAUGAGGAAGAUGAAACACAAGAUGAAUGGUUACAAAGUUUAGGAGUUGAACAUUCUGAAAUUCGCAAAAUUAAUAGUUCUCAGGCAAGGAUGACUUUAGAAAAAGAAACUGCAAUAGACAAUAUGAAACAAUCACUUAUUUUCGUAAAAGGUGUUGAGGCACAAGCUUUAUUUAAUUUCCUAAUUAAUUGUAAAUCUGCCAUUACAACAACUGGUCCCUUAGCAGGAGUGCCUCCAACUCUUUUGUCACCUGUGGCUUUUCAUGGUGCAUCAUUAAAGCCAAUUAAGGUAAAAGAAAGUGUAGUUCGUGUUGACAAUGAAAGUUAUUUUUCUUUGGAAUUAAAAGGACCUCUUUUACCACAUGUGUUACCUUCUCUUUGUUUUUUAAUGAAAUCUAGUCAAUUGGAACAAUAUUCUGCUAGUUGUGCACAGUUAAAUUCAACAACUUCAUUUUCAGAAGUAAAAAAUGACUUUGAGCAAAAGGAGACAGGAAAUAUACCAAUAACUCCAGGAAAUAUCUUUGGCAAAGAAAAUUUGAGUGAUUGUGGAUUUAGCAGCGAAUUAUUAAAAUAUUUUUGUAGUCCUGAUUCAACAAAUAUCCAAGUUAUAGAAAAUAUUAAAUUUUCAAAUAAUUUGUAUACGUGGUUUUGA